GCGCAAUUUGAUUGGCCCGCCAUGGGCUUGCUUCUGCCAGCAAUUGCCAGCGCUUUUGCAACUUUUGGCAAGGGGUGUGCGGGUUUGGAGCUGGGGGGGAGAGCGAAGAAGCGCUUCCUGUUCAUGCAGAACGCCCCCUUUAAGCCAAGGCUUUUUGAUUGGCUGGAGAUGUGCCGCUCCAGCUGCAUUCUGGCCAUGAAUCUGGAUGCAGAGCGUCGAUUGAAAACGCCGCUCGCAAGGUUGAGAGCCCCGACAUUCGUCCUUGGUGCAUUGGGAACGACACCCACGUGUUUGGAGACUUGGGGCCGCGACCCACGGCCACUGUGUCGGAGUAUAAGUAUUAGAAGUUGCAGAUACAUGUAGUCCUCAAAAGGAAACCAUAACCAAUCUGAGCUAGCUAACCACUCAAGCUGAGACACACAGCCAAUGAUGUAACGUAGUAUGUACAUGUAUCCUGACCUUCAUAGAUAGCUCACGCUCUCUGCAUAAGAGAUGCCAAAGGACUGGGCCCUGGCGGGGCAGCAGCGGGGGCUGGCUGAGGAGCUAUUCAUUCCGCCGACCAACUUUUCCAUGGUGGACACAGGGGUGUACCGGAGCGGAUAUCCCAACGCUAGAAACCUGCCCUUCCUGAGCACGCUGGGCCUGCGAUCUAUAAUCUAUCUUUGCCCUGAUCCAUAUCCGGACCACAUGACCGAGUUCGUCGAGAAGCAUCAAAUCAAAAAGUUCCACUUCGGGUUGGAGACAAACAAGGACCCUGCACAUGACUAUCCAGAAGAAAUCAUGAAGGGCGCCCUCUUAGUCCUCUUAGAUGUUCGGAAUCGCCCUCUCCUCAUCCACUGUAACAAAGGCAAGCAUCGAACAGGCGCCCUUGUCGGCUGCCUCCGUCGGAUGCAGCGGUGGAUGUUGACACCCAUCUUCGACGAGUAUCGAAGGUUCGCGGGCUCCAAGGCGCGGUUAACGGACCAACAGUACAUCGAACUUUUUGACACGUCGGAUCCGGUAUUUGUGGAUGCGAUGGCGCGAAAUCGUGUGGGGAACGCCGCGCAGAUCGAUUCGGUACAGGAAAAAUCAGGAGCGCCGGUUGAUCUGGUGUCGAGAAAAGAGGAGACGAGGGGCGGGGAAGCCUCGAAAGUAGAAGAACAAGGUAGCACUAGCAGUCGGCAGUCCCUUGGGGAGGACAGCUCGGACUCGGACACGGAAGUGCAUCGGCAGGCUAUGACAUGAGCUUUGUAAUCCGCUUCUCUUGUUUAGGAGGUAGGCGCAUGCAAAUUUCAUGAUCCUUGGAGUUGAGCGCCCAGUCGGUUAGGUGUCCUGUUCCAUGAUUGCUUACAGAGGUGGCAGUGCUCGCAGUUGAAGGUGUAGGCAGCCUGGCAAGAAACUUUCAGUGUUAUGAGCUUCAGGCCGCCUGUUUCUAACUGCAAGAGCUUGUGAAGGAUCCGUAUCGAGCAAUUCAGUUGAUGGCGAGGCUGAGUCCUAAAGUCGAAAAGCCAGAAACUCUCGCUCAGGUUGACGGCAGACUCAUAACUUGCGCGAAAACCUCCAAUUGGCGUGAGUCCGACUAGCCAAAGCCUGCCCAACUUGGUUCCGCAA